UGCAAAAGCUUAGCUGCGAUAGGCUAUACAGAAUUAAAAAGCCGACCUAAAUGUUCACAUGUUUUCUGAAGCAAAGGGCUGGAGAUGUUAUUGGAGGAACUUUUUCCCAUCUAUCUUGACUUCACCUUUUUGUACCGUUUUCAACGUUAAUCAAGAUGGCCCAGUGGUUCCAGCUGCAGAAAUUAGACUCCAAGUACCUGGAGCAGUUGGACCAGCUGUAUGAUGAUACUUUCCCCAUGGAGAUCCGCCAGUACCUCAGUGCGUGGAUUGAGAGCCAUGACUGGGACACGGUGGCAACCAGCGUUUCCCUGGCGAUGGUCCGUUUCCAUGACCUCUUGGGCCAGUUGGACAACCAGUACAGCCGCUUCGCCCUGGAGAACAACUUCCUGUUGCAACACAAUGUACGCAAGAUUAAACGCAAACUGCAGGACCACUUUCAGGAGGACCCUUUGCACAUGGCCAUGACUAUAUGUAAAUGUCUGAAAGAGGAGAAGAAAAUCCUGGCCUGUGCCUUAAAAAAAGAGGAAAACGUUCGGUCUACACAAAACAAUGUGGUGUUGGAGAAACAGAAAGAGUUGGACAACAAUGUCAACGACCUGAGGAACCAAGUACAGAAUGUAGAGCAGGAAAUGAAGUCACUGGAGGACCUACAGGAUGAACAUGACUUUAAGAAGAAGACCCUGCAGAGCCGAGUGGAACAAGAGGUGAAUGGGAUGACACAGUCACCGGUGGUACAGAAAGAGAUCCGUGAAGAGGAGAUGGUCAUCAGAGAGAUGUUCAUCAAACUCAACAUAACCAGAGAGGUGGUGGUGAAUCAGAUAGCUUACAUCCUGAACUUGGCCGAGCAGAUCCAGUACACCCUAGUGACGGGGGAGAUACCUGAGUGGAAGCACAGACAGCAGAUUGCAUGUAUCGGUGGUCCACCUAAUGCCUGUCUAGAUCAGCUACAAACCUGGUUCACUGCGGUGGCAGAGGGCUUACAGCAGGUACGCCAGCAGCUGAAGAAACUUCAGGAGCUGGAACAGAAGUACACAUACGAGAACGACCCCAUCACUCAGGGCAAAAGCACUCUGGAGGAACGCGCUCUCAUCCUGUUCAAGACCCUCAUUGUCAAUUCUAUCGUGGUGGAGAGACAGCCCUGUAUGCCCACUCACCCCCAAAGACCUCUGGUGCUGAAGACUGGGGUACAGUUCACUGUCAAAAUCAGACUGCUGGUGAAGCUUCAGGAGUUGAACUACCAGUUCAAAGUCAAAGCUCUGUUUGACAAGGACGUGACUGAGAGGAAUGCAGUGAAAGGGUUCCGGAAAUUCAACAUCUUUGGAACUAAUACUAAAGUUAUGAACAUGGAGGAGUCCAAUGGAAUCUUGGCAGCAGAAUUCAGACACCUGCAACUAAAGGAGCAAAAGGCUACAGGCAACAGAACAAACGACGGUCCUCUCAUAGUGACAGAGGAGCUCCACUCCAUCAGCUUUGAGACACAACUCACUCAGUCAGGACUCCAGGUCAACCUGGAGACGACGUCCCUGCCCAUUGUGGUCAUCUCCAACAUUAGCCAGCUGCCCAGCGCCUGGGCCUCUGUCAUGUGGUACAACAUGCUGACCAGUGAGUCCAAGAAUCUGCCGUUCUUCCUGAGCCCGCCCCAGGCCACCUGGAGCCAGUUGUCGAAGAUGCUGAGUUGGCAGUUCUCCUCCGUAACCAAGCGAGGCCUCAACGACGAGCAGCUGAGCAUGCUGGGAGACAAGCUCCUGGGUCGAGAGGCUGUAGGAAAUCCUAAUGGGCUCAUCCCCUGGACCAUGUUCUGCAAGAAUGUGAACGAGAAGGGCUUUCCCUUCUGGCUGUGGAUCGAUGGAAUCCUGGACCUGAUCAAGAGACAUCUCAUGUGUUUGUGGAAUGACGGGUGUAUCAUGGGCUUUGUCAGUAAGGAGAGAGAGAAGGCCCUGCUGAAGGACAAGGAGCCUGGGACUUUCCUGCUGCGUUUCAGCGAGAGCAGCCGGGAGGGAGCCGUCACCUUUACCUGGGUGGAGCACUCCAAUAACGAUGUCCAUUUCCACACGGUGGAGCCCUACACUAAGAAGGAGCUGGCCGCCGUCUCUUUCCCUGACAUCCUCCACAACUACAAGGUGAUGGCUGCCGAGAACAUCCCUGAGAACCCUCUGGUCUACCUCUACCCCAGGAUCCCCAAAGACAGCGCCUUAGCACGCUACUACAGCCGCCCCACAGAAGCCGCUGAGCCAAUGGAGAUGGAGAGUGAGUUUGAUGCUGGCUACGUUAAGAGGGAGCUUAUCUCUGUGUCUGAAUUCCACUCCAGACUACAGGACACCAUGAUGCCCAAGAGUGCUGAAGUGUACGGAGAGCUGACCAGGAUUAUUAACCCUGCUGAGAUUGAUACUGUGAUGUGCAAAGCUUUCCCAAACUAACCUGCCCUCUUCAGGCAGCGCCCCAUGGAAAACUUGUUACCCCUCUGCACCGAACUGAUCUGAAGCUGUUGAUUAAAUUGAAGAGAUUUGUUGGGUUUCCUUUGUAAAUACAACUAAAACUGUAUACUUAUGUAGUCUGUCGUUUUAAUGUACAUGCAUGAGAUUUUGGGGCUUCAAGUCCAGCUGUUUGUAUUAAGGAAUGUCAUUCUGUGUGACCGGAUAAUAUUUUGUGAAUGCAUAUGUAGUGUGAAAUGGUUAAGCUGUUAUACAGUGAGCUUCAAAAAUAUUGGGACAUUUGUUGUUGUUUUGGCUCUGUACUCCAGCACCAUGGGUUUGAAAUGAUACAAUGAGAUUACGUGUAGUCUGUCAGCUUUUAAUUUGAGGGUAUUUUCAUACAUAGAGGGCACCGUUUAGAAUUUACAGCUCUUUCUGCACAUAGUCCCUUAAUUUUAGGGGACCAAAAGUUAAUGUGACAAAUUCCCUUAAGUGAAUUUCAGUAUUCAAGUUUAGAAUUUGGUCCCAUAAUCUGAGCACACAAUGAUUCCAAGCUUGUGACUCCUCACUCUUGUAUGCAUUUGCUGUUUGUUUUGGUUGUUCGAUAAUUUUGUGCCCAAUAGAAAUGAAUGGUAAAUGUUUGGACAAAGAAGAGGGCUCACACAUGCCUGAAUAGCUUUGAUUUAUUUAACCUUGUUUAUUAAAAUAAAUGUGUAUAUAUUCCACU